UGGUGGCGCGCACACAGACACUCGCAGCAGGUUCACCCUACCUCAGUCGCCUACAACUCUUGCCAGUGUUGACAGCGAUCUCUCGUGUCAAGAUGUGUACUUACACCGCAACAAUAUUUCUGGAGUGAACUUAAGUUUUCUCAACAGCAAGAUAGUGUUUAUUAUACGGUGAAUUAAGUUCAACUUAAUACAGUGGAAGAUGAAUGUUUACAAGUUCCAUACUUCACAUAUAUUCUCCCCAACUGACACAGGCAUCGUGUGUACUGGCGUGUCUUGUUAAUGAACUAAUAUAUUAAUAUAUUUUACAAGGUAGCACAAACAGUUGACAACUUUACUGAAGACAAGAGACGUAACUGUGUGAGAGAUGACCCCGGCGACAGUUAAUAUAUUCUUGUAAAAGUUCAGUGCUUAUACCUGUCCAGUAGGACGUGAGAAAUACUUCAACAUUACGCUCAACAGUGUGAAUAAUACUGCAGUACAGGAGUCUUGGCAGGUCUCGUGUCCAGCCCGGCACUAACUUGGCACCGGUGGGGUCAACCCUAACACAAUUGUUCUCCCACCUUGAAAAUAGUGCCCCGGCUUUCUGAAGUGUACGCAAGACACAACACGCGUCACGUGUCUGUACAGACUUAUCUUGUGGCAUCCUGGAAAGAUUUUAUUCAGUUUAUGUUUAGUAUUGCGACUGCUGGAUAAGACAUUGGCUGAGCGGGCACCCUUAAUGGGCGUGGAUGUUUGCGUGUGAAGUAGUUUCGCUGUACUCCCCUAGUGGGCAGCGGUUAGUGAGCGAGUUUGUCCUCAUCUUCCAUCAACAACCAAGUUUACACCUCUUCGCCCGGCUCCACCCCGACCCACUCUGGGAUCAGGGGUAAGACUGGUGUUGGAGGACAUCACGCUGGUGAUGGCAGCUGUAGUGAAGGAAGAGCCCGAGGCCUCCUACAGCCUUUCUCUCUUAUUAGGUGAUCGUAAUCCCAGGUGCAGAGCCAUGACCGCGUCGGCCGUAGGCGGGGCACCAACACCCGCACAACACCAGCACAACCUUCACCCUCAGGCACACGCGCCUCUCCACCAACAGCAGCAACAGAAUUGUAACAGCCAACAGUUACCGCAGCACAAUAAUCAACACCAGCCACAAACACAUCAGCCGCUCAUGAAUGGAGGACCCUUUGAGAGAGCCCCGGCACACUCCCCCUCCACCAUGCCGCCCGCUGAACCAACCAAGAGGCAUCCCUCACCCAACAAACCUCCAGCAAACGACCCACUGUCUCACCGCAUCAUCGAGAAGCGCCGUCGGGAUAGGAUGAACAACUGCCUGGCAGACCUCAGUAGACUUAUCCCCACCUACUAUCUCAAGAAGGGCCGUGGCCGUAUUGAGAAAACUGAGAUCAUUGAGAUGGCCAUUAAAUAUAUGAAACAUUUACAAGCACACGCAUGUAGUCAAAUUGAAAACUGUGAGGUGACGGCAAAACAAGAACGAACAGGCAAUCAGCUUGAGCAGUUCCAUCUGGGUUACCAAGAGUGCAUGUCUGAGACGAUGCAAUUCCUAGUGGAGUCAGAAGGCUUUUUCUCUGGGGACUCUCUGUGUGUGAGACUCAUGAAUCACCUCACCAAGCACUGUGAGAAAAUCCUCACCAGCGAGGGAUAUGUGACAAGACAGAGCGGCGCUAGUUCAUCCACCUCUAGUGGGUACCAUGCCAAUAGUUCAUCUGCAGGAUCAUCCAGCGAUGGCAACGGUAAUGGCUCGAGCCAUGCGUCCGAGAGUAAGGACACUCUUGUCACAGAAGAAUCGGCCUAUCGGUCUGAAGAUCAUUCUGGUGCUGACGAGCGAGAUGAAAAAUUUGGGGGUUUAUCCAUGGAUAAUAAUUCAGGAAUGGGGAGUCAGCUUAGAGAAAUUCUACAGCAGCACUCAGGACCAGGAAGCAGUAGUGACCGCAGAUGUGGAGGAUAUUCGUCUGGCCUCAGCUCCAACAAUUCCUCCAGCGGGGACGAUAACAAUAACAGUAGUCGAUUAUACAAGUUCAAAUCUAACAUGAAGCACAGAUUCAGCGCUGAUCUCGAACAGUCACACCAAGUGAGAAAGAAGCGAAGAGACUCCGAAUCCUCUUGUGGAAACUAUACUGACUGUGAGAAGGACAGAGUCACUCCCACAGGCCCCAUGUCUCUCUCCCGACCAACCUCGUGCCAAGAAGGAUUUCCCCAUGAUACGGGUAAAUUACUGGAUGGCCGAGACAGCCCAUUACUUGAAAAGAAUCAAAGGUGUCAAACUCCUACUCCUAAAUGUGAAAACAAAGGUGGGAGAAGUUCUCCCUGUCGACAAAGUGGAGACGCUGGUUCAGGGCCAACGGUACCUAUCUUUGCCCUAAAUCAGAGUGGAAACUUCUAUGUACCUUUAACCAUUAACAGUAGUCUGAUUGCACCUGCCAUGUCAGGUUUAUCAGAUCUUUCACCUGUUUUGCAUCCAAUAUCAAUCAGUGUUAAUUUCUGCGGGUCCACUCCGACAAUAACGUCGAAUGCGGUUACACCAAAUCAGGCUCAUGGUGCGGGAAAUUUAGUCUCAAAUUCCUAUCUUGCGUUGGGGAGCAGACUUUCUCAAGCUUCUCAAAACUCUACAAUGAAUAGUUUUGAGUCUGGUACUUACAACGGCCGACCCUAUACUCGUGUGGUUGGCGAUCGGAAACGCCGCGAACCCUCACGGCAGGUUUCCCAGUUUGAGGACCAACGUACGGGUUUAUCAAACACAAGUGAUUCCAUAGAGAAAAGAGAGCCGAGUGAUCUUGAAAUGAGAGAAUUGCGUGAUGUGAGAGAACAUCACCAUCGUCACUCAGAUCAUCAGCAAAGAGACUUACCCCGCGAUCCUUCCUCCUGGAUGGAACAAAUGCUUGAAACAAAAGACUCAAAAGACCAGAAGACUCACGAAGUUAGAGAUGUGCAAAAUGUGCGUAACUUACGGGAUAUUCACGAAGUCCGAGAAAUGUGGGAUAUUCGUGACCCGGCACAAACGGUGCGUGAGUUUAUCGACAGAAGUUGUAAUUACCCAAAUAAUACUGCCUAUGCUAGAACUCAUUCACACUGGGCUGCAGCGUAUCAUAAUCAGUCUAAAAAUUAAGGAAAUAAUAGCACUUACACCAGAAAAAACAAAUUAUUGAACUAAAGAUUUAAGUACAAUACUGGUGAAAUCAGAUAGUUCAACAACUAUCUCAUUAGAAAGUACAGUACAGUAUAGUACUGUAGUUCAUCUAAUCACAAAACUAACUUCUAAAUACAUAUGCGCUAGUGUAUUAACACUUUCUGACAAUAUUAUUCAGUAGUGACUGAUUUCUGAAGAAUCUUAUUGUUAGAAAUAUAGCAUACAGUACAGUAUAUAUUACAGCUGCAAGGAUGACUGUGUGAUCACCCACGAGGUUACAGUACAAUAAACAUUGUACAGACUGACCUGUUUUAUGGUGUUUUUGCUCAAUAACCAUUACUGUGGACAAAUAUGUAGGUUCUCUUUAACAAUCAUUAUUUAGACAGUACCUGAAUUAGUUAGUGUAUACUGUAUAUGAACACUGAUGCAAGGAAAUGGUCUUGUGGUAAGGCGGUGAUGGCGGGUCAUAUAAAACUGAUUCAUUUAUCUGAAUUAUGAUCUAAUAUUUAACAUUUUCAUUGUACUACUGUAAUAUAUAAAUUGAUUGUUGAAGCUGGCCACUAGAAGAUAAUUGUUGUUAGCAGAGUAUAACUAUAUUUAUUAUUAUAGAAAAAAUUAAGAUAUAUUUUGGGCAUUCAUCUGAGAUAAUGUCUAUUGUAGUAUAAAUUUAUCUUGAACUUUUGGAAAAAAUUUAUAUUAGUAUUUAUUUUAAGAAAGGUAAAAAAUGAGUUAUUGAUUUUAUCUUGUGUGAUAUUAUUGUGAUGAAAAAGUGUAUAACUCUUUGUUUUUGUAAAAUUUUAGGCAAUGUUGAGUUCUUGAAUGAUAAAUAACUGUGUAGAAAGAAUUUACAGUACUUUCCUUCUAUACAGUGCUCCCCCCAAGUACUGCACCUGGAGGGAGGGGGGCAGUAAAAUUUAGUGAAUGUAAAAAAUUUCAAGUUCACUUUAUUGGUUUUGAGAUUAUAUAUUGUUAAAUAACUUGAAAGUAUUUAUUUGUUAUGACUAGUAAUAAUUUUAUUUUAUAAAUCCCACAAGUGUUAGCUCAUUAUUUGAGGAAACAAAAGAGUACCCUAAAAAUGUUAUAAUAAUGGACAGAUGGGGAAUUCCUUGAAUAUUUUAAUAUUGAAAUGUUUUGAUUAGAUAUUUAUCACAAUUCAUCUUAUUCUGGCCAAGAGUUUGUGUGACAAGAACUUGAUAAUCCUCCACUGCUGUCAACCCAAGACUGGUUAUUUGUGUGAUAUGCAUGUUAGUGUGAUUCAAUGGCUGCUACUGAAGCUAUGCUUUUGAUGUGUGAAUGCGUGACAUUGUGUAUAUUUAAAGAUAUACUGUAUAUUUAAAUGUUUUUAUUACUGGUAUCCAGUUACCUAUUAAUGAUGUUAAUCACCUUCAAAUUGGAGUAAGUAUAUUCUUGUUGGUGUGUUCUGUGCUGUGAUGUUUUAUGCUCGGGCCUUUACUGAGAAACAAAGGUAAAUACAACUAUUUUGGUAGAAAAAUAUAUGAACCUGUGAUGAAGCUGAACUUGAAAACAUUGAGGAUGCUAACAGUAGAUUAUGGUUUACUGUGUCUGUGAAUGUAACGGAGGAAAGCCCGGACAUUGUCAUUCACUCAAGUCGUUACUUAUAAAUAAUAAUUGUUAGGUUCAGUAAUAUAAUACAUAAAAUAAAAAAAAGAAAGAUAUUACAAAUUCACUUAAAUGGGCUAUGCUACCUAGAGUUAUGUUCCAUUAUGCAAGAUUGUGUUCACUGUGUGAUGGUAAUUGACACAUUAUCCAUACACUGUGCUUAUUUAAACAGUAUUUUGAGCUUUGAUUUAGAGAGGCUGAUGUAUUUAAGGAGUAAAAGUACUUCUAUGUGAUUAUUUUUCAAAGUAAAUUCUGAAAUGCCGAAUCUACCUCAAAAUAUUGACAAAACGUAUAAAUAGCAUCUUCUAAGUUAAAAGAAACUUUUGUUAGCAAGUAAUCUCACAGUUAAGAACGUUUGUGACUUGUUACUCAUAAUGGGCAUUCAAUCUCAUAAACAUUUUAUUCUUUCUCCCAAUACUAUUAAAUUAAAUUGACUAUUAGACAAGAAAAUUACGUUCAAAAUUGUUUGUUAAAGUAUUUUUAUAAUUUUCUAUCGUGCUAUGUUAUGUGAUUAAAAAUAAUUCUUAUCUGAUACUGUCCAUUCUUUCACCCUGUUACUUUGUGUAUGUAGUGUUGCUAUGAAAGUCAGUAUACUAGGAGACUAAUUAAUCUGGACCUUUCAUGAUGACUGCCACACUUGUUUAUCCUCUCCUGUAUUUAAAUAUUUUCAUUGUCUUUACUGACAUGUAUAAAGAAUAUGUAUUAAAGUUGUAUGUAUAAAUUUUUUUGUAAAUUGAUAUGUAAAUAUAUAAUUACAAGGUUUAUUUAAUUUCAUUAUUUGAAUUUUAUAAAUGGGAACAAUCUAACUAUUGUCUUGCUGACUCAGUAUGAAUCUGCAGGUUCUUCAACACAUUCUUAAAGACUAUUGCUGCAGUAUGGAAAGUCAGUGUAGAGCAAGUCAGAUGGGGCCUGACCUGACCAUUAAGGUUGGCCGCCGGGGCCUCUCAGGACUCGGGGCCCAGACUUAAUGGUUAGAUUAGGGGUCCAGUAGGUCUGGGGUGUAUCAGGAACAUGGCCCAUUUGACUCAACACUGUAGUAACAUAAAUACAACAUGCUCAGCAGUAUUUCUUGACUCUUCAGCUACACUAUUUUUUAUUCUCAAGGUUUCAAAAACUAGCAUUGAAGGUACAAUUAAAAACAAUUCUUUAGACGAGAAAUGUAUUAACGUUUGUGUUAGGUAAUGAAUUUGUUUCCAAAGCAGCAGCUAAUUCAUUCCUUACAGUUAUAGUUUACACAUGUAUUGUUGUUCCUGUGUGUAUCAACAAUUAUCAUCAUGUACAUAACAUUAAUACUGAAAAAUGUCUAGCACUGAAUUAAAUCCUUAUAUGAACUGAA